CUCUUGUUCUAACCUCCAGAUACUUACCAUUGUGUAGUGCUCCUGGCCGUGAUAUCACCGAUAUCGUCCAUUCAUUUACCCGUUCAAUACCUUCUUUUACAUUGAACUACGUCCUAGUCCGACCAUUUCCAGAUUGCAAUCACUCGCAUAGCCUGAGCAAUGAACCCCCCCUCUGACGAUACCAACACCGCCGAACGGCGGAAGGAACAGUCUCGAUUCGAGGCUUUCCAGCAGAUGAGACAGCAGGCUGCUCAGACUGGAAGCGCAGGGCCCUAUGCUUCGCAACAUCUGGGUCUAUCCAUGCCUCUGCUGGACAGCUCGUCUACAAAUAAGAUCACCGACUCGCCAGCAACUGACGUUACAUCGCCUACGAGGUCCAUUAAGAACUUCUUCAAGAACAGAUUAUCUACUUACUCUAUAGACAGUAUAAGUGAGAAACCCGAGCUUUCUACACCUCCUAAUCCCAGAGAAGGAAGACUGACAAAAAAGACUGUCGGACCCAUACUCAGUGGUGAAACGUCGCCCAAUAGAACUUCGUUGGGAGGUUUGAACCAAUUGCUCAGACCCAAAUUCGUCAGAUCUAAAUCGUCGUUGCAGUCAUCUUCCAAUUCUAUCCCUACUCAGAAGAACUUUGCUGCUAGAGAUAGCAGAGCAACGACAAUAGAUGACUUUGCGGAUACUUCUUCCAGUGAAGAAGGUCUUGAAGAUGGCGAUAGAACGUACGAUUCGGCCUCCUUCAGCUCUUCGUUAUUGCUUGAAAAUCGUGAAGCUAAACCCAAAACUGCUACCUCGGCUCGUUUCGUAUUCAAGGAAACCUUUGAUGAAUCAGACGAUUCUCUAGCUUCCAAUAUGCUCUUACAACAACGCGAACAACAUUCCCAGAGACAGAAUAAAGCGCUUCCCAUACUUCAGAUAUACCAACAGUCAUCUCACCAGCCUCAAUUAAGACAGGUGCCUCCACUGCACUCUGGCGAUAUCUCCUCCCACGACAUAUCUGUCAAGACAGAUUCUCCGCAGAGUGUUCAAUCGGCUAAUAUCUUGCCUCGUGUAAAAACUGUAGCGGUCAACAAACGAGUACGUGCUGGUGAGACUGUGACGAACACACUCAGUUCCCCACCGGGGUCCAAAAGAGCUUCUUUAAUAUCAUCCAACGAUAGCAACCCAAGUGUCAGUGGCAAUAGCAGUGUGGUUUCGUUGAAGAAGAAUGAGCCCAGACUUGCCACGGCUAAUGUAGCAGAAAGAAAGAAGGUCGUCAGUACUUCUUCCAACAUCGACCCUAACCGCAGCUCUUUGUACAACCUUUCUACCCAUCUCUCUGAGUCAGAUACCGAGCCAUAUCCUGCUCCUGAUCUCUCGAACACGGGAACUCCACAUAGAUUCCACACAAACUCCAUGUCCCCUGGACUUGAUAGCAAUGUAGAAAAUAUUACCACUCGGUCGAUAGACGCAAGCAUACUACCAAGUGAACACGACCGCCAAGCUUACCGAUUUGCCAGAUCUCCCACUGAUGAUCCUAAUGAAUACAACCCAGCAGCAGGUCCUCUGGUACCACGCCUUGCAGGUGUGGAAAGUGGAUCCAAAUCUGUAGGAGCUGGUGCAACUAGUGGAGCGGCUGCAACUACUGUUGCUGCUAUAGGAGCUGGUGCCGCUGUUGCUGGUACUGCUGUUGCUGCUGGUAACUAUAUUCGUACUGGUGGAGGAAGCCAAAUGCAAAUCAUCCAGGACGAUGCUACGAUGGAGAAUGCUAGCAGGAAUAGCACUGUGCGGUCGUCGAUGUCGUCUGGUGAAUUGUUAAACAAGUUGGAAAACUCUGGUAUGAGCGAUGGUAGUAAUCCUAGUCAGAAGAGCAAAGGUUCCAAUCCUUUUGGAGACGAGGACGAAACCAAAAACACUUAUGCUAACCUCACGGCAGGCGUUGACUCUACAAAUGAUUUGCCUGUGAUGUUGUAUAAAGUCCAGGAUAAGGACUAUGAUGAGGGCGAAAACAGAUGGUCAUACUACGAACACAACCAUACGGGACAGCAGCCUAGCCAGCAGCCUAAAGGAAAGCAUGUGCCCACUAUCAGUAGCACAUCCAGUGGUUCUGAUUACAAGCAUUUCCAACCGGCCGGCAGCAACAAUCCUUUUGCAGCUGCACAGCAUGCUGUUCCUCCCAGCAGUCCACCUGUCAUUGUUCCUAUUCCUCAGCAAGCUGUGAUACAUCCAGGAUCACAUUCUGAUGUCAACUCGGUAACACUGUAUCAUACUGGAAGGACGUCACAUUCGGGAAUCUCUAUGGUUCUGCGUUCCAAUAGCAACAAGGAGUACAUCGAGAAGAUCUUUGAUGAGCACAUUGGUGACUUUGACAAGCCUCGUGGAAUUGAGCAACGUUAUGGCUCAACUGCCUCCGUGGCUACCCAGCCCCUUAUCCCGGUUACCAAGAUCACGAUUCCCAUUCCAGAAGACAGCGUUCGUCGUCCAGCACCUCAGCCUGAGAACGAAAGGUAUGACUUUGCACAGAUCGAGAAAGAGAUCGAAUAUCUUGGACGUAAGCGUACUGUGACUCAGUCACCUCAAGUAGAAAACCACUCAUGGGCCAAAUUUGGAAGUCUCAUGAUCUUGGGAUUGGUUGUUCCACCAAUCUACUUGUUAAUCACAUGUGGGCUCUUUGACAACAAUCGUCGUUCCUCAAGCCAAUACUACUCAGGUAUCUCAUACUACAACGAGAAGAAAGAGAGCAGCAAGAGAUAUGGUCUGGUCAAGAAGUUUUCCCGUGCACAGAAGAUCAUCAGUUGCUUGGUAGGAUUGGCAUGGUUUGCUAUUGUUCUUGCCAUGAUUGGUUUGGCAUUCGGGCUUCGUGGUUAGAGAUGUUUCGACAUAUAUUUAUAUAAUACCCUAAUUCUUAAUAAUCUAAUAAGACACUAAUUGAUACCCUUU